GUCAUAUUGCUAUAUAAAAAUAAGAUAAAGUGUAUAUGAAGAAUAAGUGAUUUUUGAUAUGUAAUUAAAGUGAUUGGUCCAUUAUUCUUCCCUUCCAUCCUUUUCUAUUAAAAUAACGUGACGCGUUUAUCUGCGAUAAAUCCUUGAACCGAUUUUACACAGUUUAUUUGUGGCUCACAUAUUCGUUUAAAUGGAAAAGGAGAAUUAAUUACAAAACCAUAAAAAAGUUAAGACUGAUUCAACAUCUAAUCCACGAGCUUGGGUAAAAAGAAUAAAGUGAUUUAAAAAAAAUUUAAAUAAAUUAAUAUUUGAAUACAAAUUAUGAAAUAACACAUUUGGAGAAUAGUGGAUGGAAUGCCUCGGAAUGCGCAGACUGUCCAGAAAGUUUUCUUACUGCCAUUUCAUUAUUAUAUAAGUUUGUAAUAGAUCAAUUAUAAUAGCUAUAUUGAAAGGCAAUUUAAAUUAUCCCUUCACUCAAAUAUCAAAAAUAUAUCAGAAAAAGAGUCCUAUUACUUCAAAUGCUCAAUUCGACCCAUGAGCGUAAUCAACGAAAUGGGAAAGUGAUUGGUACCGUCCUAGGAACAGUAACAACUAUGUCUCACUGCAUAUUCCGCCCAAAUAAUGACGAACCGAAUUCUAUUUCUAUGUCACCAGAUUUUGCCAGCACAUGCGGAAAUGGUUUUAUACAAUUCAGACUUUGGCGGCGUCGGAAAAGACAGGCCUUAUUACGAAUAUUUAGAUUUUAUACAUUUAGCGUUAUAUGCUGGUUUUUCUACUGCGAUACUUUAAGCGUCGAUGCCGCAUUAAAUGAAGGCGGUCGAAAAAAAUUAAACGACGCAUCGUCGAAUAUAAUCGCUACAAACGCUACUUCUAUAAAUUUACAACUUUCAUGCAGUGAUAUAGUAGCUCAAUUUAAUUUGUCUGAAGGGGCUCUAGGCAAUAGCGAUGGAGGUUCCGAAAGUAUUACCACUUCAACAAUAACCUUAAAUUUCCUAAAUCGCUCACUACCAAACACUAUAAGUGGUUCCCAAGCCAAGAAUUAUUUUACACAUUUGACAUACGAUUUUAAGCAGAAAGUGUUUUACGCGGGCGCAACUAAUAAGAUACUACAAUUAAAUGAAAAUUUACGAGUUUUAUCUGAGGCGUUAACUGGACCAAAAUAUGAUUCUCCACAAUGUCAUGCCAGUGGUUGCCCCGAAGAUGUGGAAACAACAUUAGUUGAUACUCAUAAUAAAAUACUAAUUGUUAAUUAUGUAGAAGGGCUUGGAAUUCUUAUUGCUUGCGGCAGUGUACGACAAGGAGCCUGUGAAAUGUACAAUCUUACUAACUUCCCAAAUUCUCCAACAUUUAUUGAAACACCUUUGGCAGCAAAUGAUGAGUUUGCAUCCACAUAUGCAUAUGUUGGUCCAGCCAAAUAUUCAUGGAAAGAUGAAGACAUUCUAUAUGUUGGUACAACGUUUACAAAUGUUGGCGAUUAUAGGCACGACGUGCCUGCGAUUUCAUCACGCCGUUUAGACGAUUUAAACUACGUUGAAUUUUCAAUACAACAAUCAAUUAUUAAUAUAGAUGUAAAAUAUCGAGAUCAUUUUCUUGUUAACUACGUUUAUGGAUUUAAUUCAUCAGAAUAUGCCUAUUUUGCUAUAGUACAGAAAAAGUCUCACUUGGCUGAUGAAGCUGGUUAUGUUACUCGAUUAGCACGAAUUUGUGUUACUGAUCCGAAUUAUGACACCUAUACUGAGGUAACCAUUCAAUGCCUUGCUACUAAGAACAAUGUCGACUAUAACAUCCUACGCGACGCAAAGAUAACUCAAGCAGAACAAAAACUAGCACAAUAUUUGGGAAUAAAGCGUGACGAUUUUGUUUUAGUUGCGAUAUUUUCACCAUCUAAUGAGAUUACUGACCAAGCGGAGGCCAAUUCGGCUAUGUGCUUAUACAGUCUUAAAGAUAUUGAGGAAGUAUUUAACGAAAAUAUACAUAUGUGCUUCAAUGGUACAAUCAAAGAUCGAAAUUUAGGCUAUAUCUCAGGAACUAUCGAUGAUGGCCACUGUCCAAUAGCAGGAACUAUAGGGAAUAUUCAAGACUUUUGCACCGUGGGAUUAAAAAUCAGUGGAUCAUCACCAAUUACAGCGCAAGCCCUACUUCAUUUUGAUAACGUUAGCAUCACAUCAGUUACUACCACGACCACUGGUCCUCAUUCUUUGGCAUUUUUGGGCACUGAAACCGGUUCAAUAAAAAAAGUAUUAAUAUCUGGUAACAAUGCAGGCGAAUAUGAAGAGAUAGCCGUCGACCCUGGAAACAAAAUCUUACAGGAUACAAUGAUGUCUGCUAAUAAAGAGUUUUUAUACGUUCUUUCCAAGCGUAAGAUAACUAAGUUAAGAGUUGAACACUGCUCUGUUUAUACAAAUUGCUCCACGUGCUUGGAAUCACGUGACCCAUUUUGUGGCUGGUGUUCUUUGGAAAAACGAUGUACUGUACGAUCUACAUGUCAAAAGGACACUUCUGCUGCUCGCUGGCUCUCUUUAGGAAGUGGUCAACAAUGUAUCGAUUUCGAGUCUGUUGUUCCGGACAAAAUACCGAUAUCAGAGCGAACAGAAGUGCAGUUAAUUAUACGUACUUUGCCAGAACCACUCAAUGCUAAAUAUCGUUGCGUUUUUGGAAAUUCUACUCCCAUCGACGCUGAUGUUAUUGAAAAUGGAUUAGCUUGUAUGACUCCACUAUUAGAGGAAAGGCCUAAUAUACUUCCAAAUAUGGACCAUGUUCUUGUUCCACUGGCUGUUCGAAGUUCUGAAACAAAUAAAGACUUUGUAUCACGUUCAUUUGCAUUUUUUGAUUGUUCGCGACAUAACACCUGUCAGAACUGCGUUCGGAGUAUUUGGGGUUGUAAUUGGUGCAUUUAUGAUAAUAGAUGUGUACAUCGAAUGGAGCAAUGUAGGAAUAUAGAGAACGUAAUUGUUAAUGAAAAACUCUGCCCCCACUUAAAAUCCAUCCGUCAACCGAUAUUACUACCUGUACAAGUGCCAAAGGAAAUACGACUAGAAAUUGAAAACCUGCCGAAGCCAAAAAGUGCUCAUUCAGGAUUUCUGUGCACAGUUCAAAUAGAAACAUCACAAAUGCUUUUACCAGCGCGAAUUGAAUCUAAUAAUAUUGUAGUAUGCGAAAAAACUCUGUAUUUCUACGAAACAAAUACACGUGAAUAUGAAGCCAAAGUAGAUAUUACAUGGAAUCGCCAACAUUAUGUCGAUACGGCAACGAUCAUUUUAUACAAAUGUGAUGUAUUGGGCUCACAUCGGGAGCAUGCCGAUUGCAGUUUAUGUGUUACAAGAGACCCAAAAUAUCAAUGUGCGUGGUGUGGUAAUUCAUGUGUCUACAACGAAACUUGUUCCACUGAUAUAUUAGAACAGUCAGUGGUAAUGUACGGCUCGCCAUAUUCGUUAGUUCGUGCUCAUGAUUGUCCUCGUCCCCGCAUUGACAUGAUUAAACCAUUAUCAGGACCGAUUGAAGGCGGAACCUUAAUUACUAUUGAAGGUAGCAAUCUUGGUAUACGAGAAGAAGAUGUUCGAGGAAAAAUAUCGAUUGGCAAGGUUCCAUGUGAAUUGGUUAAUUAUGAAAUUUCUGUAAAAAUUGAAUGUCGUACUGGCCCUGUUGCGCAUGAGCUAUCUGCUCCUAUAAAAGUUGCAAACGAAGCUGGCUAUACAGAGUCUAGUGUCCAGUUUCACUACAAGAAUAUACAACUUAAUGGACUGCAACCAACACUAGGACCUAGGUCAGGAGGUACUCAAAUUUCCCUUAUGGGAAAGUAUCUCAAUAUCGGGUCACAUAUACGGGCCUUUCUAGAUGAAUAUGAAUGUCAUAUAAAUGUUACUCAAGCAUCCUCCUCCCGCUUAACUUGCAUUACUUCCGAAGCUACUCAACCGGAACCGAUACGAACUUUACAUUUAGUCAUAGAUGGUGCUAAUCGUACAUACACCUGCAAUAGUCCAUUAUUUGCACACACUCGUCAGCAAGAAAGAUUGAACAGCCAACAACAUGUUGUAUCCGCUGAAUUGGAUUACAAUAACCAUUAUCUUACACCCACGCCACGAGUAUGUUCCAUAUUUAAUUAUACACAAGAUCCGCGUAUAAUGCAAAUAAAACCCUUACGAAGUUUUAUAAGUGGAGGAAGGGUAAUGACAAUACAUGGCAUACAUCUGAACUCGAUACAGAAGCCGGAAUUAGAAGUAAUGAUUGAUAGUGAGCGUGUAAAUAAAAGUGCUUGCACUGUCAUAAACUCUAAUCAGAUGGAAUGCCCAUCACCAGCAGUUAAUUUAAAAUUUUUGGAGUACAAAGCUUUUUUGGACCAAAUCCCAACAGCGGUCGCUAACCCAUCUGUUUCACCGCUUACUAAAUAUACUUUUGGUACCAUUAAUAAACGCAGUCCACAAGGUAAAGAUAGUACAUAUUUAUACACAUCGACAAGCAACACUGCUAGUGGUUACUUUCCUGGAACCGGUGCUAGUUCUGAUGUUACCGCUUUUGUUAAAAUACGAGAAGCACAAUUAAGUCUUCAAGUAGGCUUUAUUAUGGACAAUGUGCAGUGGGUACGCGAUUUAAACAAAUACUUUCAAAGUAUACGUAGCAUCAUCGUUUACGUGCCUGAUCCGAAGUAUACUCCGUUCCCGGGAGGUACUAAGUUGUAUAAGGGCGAUACCCUGGUAAUAGAAGGCGAACAAUUAAACAUUGCUGCUGAUGAGUAUGACGUAAAUGUAACAAUUGGUACUAUGCGGUGUAAUAUUACAAGCUUAGCGCUAAACCAAUUAGUUUGUAUUCCUCCAGAAAAUCAGCCAGUUCCAACUGACGAAACUGGAGCGGAGCAGCCAAACUCUUUGCCUUUAGUAGUUGUAAAAGUUGGUCGAAAUCUACGUUUUGUGAUCGGCCAUUUAAAGUAUGACUUACAUAAAUCAUACACAUUUUCUAAUGCCCUAGUAGCUAUUAUUGUAAUAGUUAUCACCGCAUUAGUAGCUUUGUUUGUAGUUCUAAUUAUCUAUAGAAGAAAAUCAACGCAGGCGGAACGUGAAUACAAACGAAUUCAAAUUCAAAUGAUUACAUUGGAAAGCAAUGUGCGUUCAGAAUGUAAACAAGCAUUUGCCGAAUUGCAAACCGAUUUGACUGAUUUGACCGCUGAUUUAGAAAGUACUGGCAUACCUACGCUGGACCAUGUCAAUUACAUAAUGAAAGUGUUCUUUCCUGGAGUUUCCGAUCACCCAAUUUUAGUAGCACCGAAGCUAAGAAUGAAUAUUCCCCAUAGUCCAUACGAUACAGCCAUGCUUCAAUUUGAACAACUGAUCAGCAAUAAGUAUUUUGUAUUGACAUUUAUUGAAACACUGGAAUCUCAGAAAACGUUCACUAUCCGCGACAAAGUUAAUGUUGCUUCGCUGUUAAUGAUCGUUUUGAUGAAUAAAAUGGAAUAUACCACAGAGAUUUUGAAGUGUCUAUUAUUACGUUUAGUAGAUAAGUCAGUAGUGGGAAAGUAUCCGCAGUUAAUGUUACGCCGUACUGAAAGUGUUGUCGAAAAAAUGCUUACCAAUUACAUGGCGAUUUGUAUGUACGACUAUUUAAAGGAAUAUGCUGGUUCAAGUUUGUUCUUAUUGUUUAAAGCCAUCAAACAUCAAAUAGAGAAAGGUCUUGUAGAUGCUAUAACACAUGAGGCACGGUACUCGUUAUCAGAAGAACGAUUAUUACACGAGCAAAUCCCACAUUCUGUUGUGAUGCUACACAUAGUGCAGGAUGAUCUUGAUGAAAAAGUCCAGUGCAAAGUACUUGAUUGGGAUACUAUUUCACAAGUAAAAUCGAAGGUACUAGAUGCCCUUUUUAAAAAUACACCAUUUUCUUGCCGACCUUCAGUGAAUGAAGUCGAUUUAGAAUGGCGUCAUGGUCGUGGCGGUCACUUAACAUUACAAGAUGAGGAUUUAACCACCAAGACAAUAAAUGGAUGGAAACGCCUAAACACUCUGGCCCAUUAUGGGGUGAAGGAAUCUGCAGUUAUGUCGCUGAUAGCACGUCAAGAGGAUGGUUUUAAUACACAUUACAAUAAAAAUCAGCAAUCGUAUCAUAAUUUUUAUUACAUUAAUAAUUCGCAAUCCCAAAUUAUUAUUAACAAUGACAUCGAAAGUGGACCACAGCAACCGCGAUUGUAUCAUUUGGUGAAACCAGUAGGGAAUGAUCAUUUUAUGAAUAUUAAAAAUACUGCCAUUUCCGGUGGCAACGUAACUUCUGCGGCAUGUAGCGCAGUUAGCGACCGCAUAAACAAGACUAUACCUGAAGUUUAUUUAACGAGAUUGUUGGCGGCUAAAGGGACUGUACACAAAUUUGUUGAUGAUUUUUUUGCUACGAUACUAACUGUAAAUGAAGAAUUACCUCCGUCUGUAAAAUGGCUAUUUGAUCUUUUUGACGAAGCCGCACGGAGAUACCAAAUUGUCGACGCAGAAAUACUCCAAGCAUGGAAAUCAAACAGUUUACCGUUGCGGUUUUGGGUAAAUUUUAUAAAGAAUCCAGACUUUAUAUUUGAUGUAAAUAAAACAGUAACCUUGGACUCUUGCCUAAGUGUAAUAGCGCAAACUUUUAUGGAUGCGUGUUCAACAACUGAGCAUCGACUUGGGAAAGAUUCUCCUUCUAACAAGUUGUUAUUUGCAAAGGACAUUCCGCAAUAUCGUAAGAUGGUUAGACAAUUUUAUCGCGAUAUCGCUCGUUUGCCUCAAAUAAGUGAUCAAGAAAUUAGUACAGCUAUGCAGCAGUUAUCAGUGCAACAGAGUGAUGAGUUUGACACAUUAGUGGCGUUAAAAGAGCUUUAUAUAUACGUUACAAAAUAUUGGGAUGAGUUUGCAUAUAAAAUCCCUGCACACGAAUAAUAAACCAUAAUGGUUAGUUGUUAUGAUAGAGUACAAAAAUUACACUGUUUUUGCCACUCGAAUUUUCAGAGGAUUUUUAUUCAGGUUGGUGUACCCUCAAUAAAUACAUAGUAUAAAAGAAAGUCGAUUUUUCUGUCCCUAUGUCCCUUUGUGUGCUUAAAUCUUUAAAACUAUGUAACGGAUUUUGAUGCGGUUUUUUAAUAUAUAGAGUGAUUGAAGAGAAAGGUUUAUAUGCAUAAUAACGUCCAUUAAAUAGUGGAAAAUACCGUUAUUUUUGAGAGUUUUACAAUCUGCUUUUAAAAAAGUGAUAUCUACCGAAAAAAUUGCGUUAGCUGAUGCGUCAUCCGGCAUUGGCGCUACGCUUUUGGAAGGAGGCCGAAUCGCACACUCUACAUUCAAGCUCCUGCUGAAAAUCGCCAUCGAACAGCUUCUGUAGUGUUUCUAAACAGAGCAAUACAGGAAAAUUUAUGCGUGACUGCUCAUUAAUAGUGCUACGAAACUAUCUUGUUUAAGAUGUCUGUGGAAGCACAGGAUAGGACAUUACGCGAUUUGCGCAACAAAAAUUCACUUAUGGGUGGAUGUACAAUUCUGCCCUCAGGAGAUUUCCGUCAAAUCCUACCAGUUGUGGCUCGAGGAAUACGUACUGACGAAAUAAAUGCUUGCCUAAGAAGAUUCAACCUUUGAUUAUUGAUUAGAUCUCACAACUAACAUUAGGUUCUUCACGUGAGAACAUACUAUUUCCAGGGACGCUGCAAAAAGUUGGCAAUGGAGAGUUAACACAAAGUGAGAGAAGGGUUGACCUAGAAAACCUUUGUGUUUUGAUAGCCAAUAUUGAAGAGUUAGUCAACAAUGUCUAUUCUGACAUUGAUAAUAUAAGUCAUAACACAAUAUCUUGGUUUAAAGAAAGAGCGAUUAGGUCACCAACUAACGAAUAAGUAGAUAAGGUAAUUAACUUGAUUCUUUUAAAAAUUGAUGCGACGACUAAAAUAUACUUCUCGGUCUAUACUGUUCUCGAUUUGGAAGAAGCUAUUAAUUUUCCUACAAAAUUUCUAAACUGUUUGAAUCCCUCUGGACACCCUCCUCACAAAAUGGUGUUAAAAGUAGGUUGUUUGCAGGUAAAACCACUGAAAAUUUUCAUAAUUGAGUGCACAAUACUCACAAGAUGUGGUACCGGAGAAGAUGUAUUGAUUCCCCGAAUACCUCUGAUACCAUCGGAUUUAUUCUUCCAAUUUAAACUAUUUCAGUUUCCGGUCAAGAAAUUUUUUGCAAUGACCAUUAAUAAAUCGCAGGGUCAAACCUUCAACUUUGCAGGCUUAGAUUUGAGCGUUGACUGUUGUUCACAUGGCCUACUGUAUGUCGCUCUUUUAAGAGUAACGUCUAGAGUAAAAACGUUUGUAUUGUCUAAUGACAAAAAAGCUGUUCAUGGUUUAGGAAAGAGGUAUUGUUUUGCUCCAAAUUUAACAUGUGCGGGCCACAGGCAGUAAUGAGGCGAAAGCUCUGUGCAAAGUGGGUGCCUCGCAAGUUCAUAAUCUAAACCAGUGGUUCCCAAACUUAUUUUGUCUACCGCCCACUUUGAGAAUAAAUAUUUUUUUAGCGCCCCCCUUUUUUCACCUAUUUAACUUCAAAUUAAUUAUUGUGACCUAUAUAUGUAUAUUAACGGAGAAUUCUAAACGAAACUUAUACUAUAACCAGCAACUUGAAACCUGAGGGCAGUACGUAACAUGCAACGGCGCUUAGGCCUGAAGUUAACUCUUACGGGCUCCACCUGCCAAUAAGAAUGAUUACUGAAACACAACUUUAUAGUAUUAAAAUAGAUAAUCUUUUAUUAAAAAUAAAACUAAAAUAAUCGACCCAUAUAUAAAAAGUAAUGUGAACGAUGAAUCUGAUGCUGUUUAAUAAGUUUGUUAAUAUCAGGUUCUAAUUUACUCAAGAACAGUAGCAAGUCGCCACGUUCGGUAACAAGCAAACGAUUUCUAUUUUUAGUAAGCAGUGUUGUCACAGCACUAAAUCCACGUUCACACAAAUAUGACGAGGGGAAUGCUAUCAAGAAUCGUUGAACGAUUGACCACAAUCCAGGGUACAAUUGCGAGAUCGAUUUUUGUAGCCAAAAUUCUUGCUACCCUUUUUUGAACACCCAGUCUAGUAUUUCCAAGUUCAAAAUGUCCUGGUAUCGUUCGGUAAAGUCAGUGUGGAGGUUUUCCAAAUGUUGGCAGUAGGAAAACAAUUCGUCGGUACUGCAUGAUACUGAUAAAUGUCCUGGUAUCGUUCGGUAAAGUCAGUGUGGAGGUUUUCCAAAUGUUGGCAGUAGGAAAACAAUUCGUCGGUACUGCAUGAUACUGAUAAAUUCGGAAAAUUGUGAAACUUACGUCUGCCCAGAUUCUUUUUGUGUAGAAGCAAUUUGGCUGCGAAAGCAGAAACGACGUUUUUUGUUUUAAUUAAAUUUAGUUUAGUGACUUGCAGUUGGAGAUUCAACGACAUGAUUUGUACAGGUCUGUCAUGUAAGCUAUAUGAUUCUUUGAUGUUAUGAGCUUGUCUUGAAAUUCUAUAUCUUUAGUUUCCAAGAACUCUAUAACAGAGUCAAACAGGUUGUAGAAUCGCGUCAGACAAUUGCCUCUUCAUAGCCAACGAACUUCAGUAUGAAACAACAAACGAUUGAAAUCCUCGUCAUUAGUAACACAAAGCUGAUGAAAUAAUCUAUCUUUCAAAGAGCUGUUGCGGAUUUUAUUGACUGCUUUGAUGACAUAUCGCACUAAUUGAAAUAGUUUUUCACUUAAGUUUCUAGCAACUAAAUGUUGUCUAUGAAUAACGCAAUGUACACCAAGGACAUCUAGAAUUUUAUUUUUUAAGUGCGCUAUUAAGCCUUUAUGGCACCCUAUCAUAGCCGGAGCGCCAUCCGUAGCAAUUGAAAUAAUAUUUUUCAAAAGAAUCUCUUUCUCAUCGCAAAACUUUUCCAAUAUAUUGAAUAUGGUUUCGCCUUUUGUAUCGGUCUCUAAAUUUCUAGCAAAUAAUAGUUCUUCACAUAUUUUCUCAUAUUUAAUAAACCUCACGUAAGACAACAACAAUGCUUCAUUAGUUAGUAAAGUGGACUCAUGGAGCUGAAUUGAGAAUUGGCUUGUCCUCAGGUGAUCGCACAAUGAUUCUUCAAUGUUUUCAGCCAUUUCAACAAUUCGUCUUUGCACAGAAUUAUUACUCAAAGGAAUUUUUCGGAUAAUAUAGUUCAAAAGCUCAAAACGUGCACUACAUCAGCUCGAACCUACCUACCCUACACCUUUGCGCAAAUGAUUAUAUUAUGAUAGCAAAUGCCCACAUACAGAUUUGGCAAUGGCAAUAGCAAUACGUCUGAUAGUUAGUAUUCUAUAAAUUUCAUCCUGUCGAGAUGCCCCGUUAUGAAACGGAGCGACCGAUUGACAUGAUUUUCAUUUUUUCUAUAUUCAAUAAAAUAGGACAGAUAUAUGAACUACGCGGAGAGAAAUAUAGAACCGAGUUUGAGUUAGUUGAUGUUCACAAGUUGUUGUUGAGAGUCGAGAGCUCAUGUAGUCGUUGUCUAAGAGGCCUCCUAGCUAAAUAAAAUUACAAAUAACCCCCCAGGCCUCUACACAACGCCCCCAUUUUCUUUCUGGGUCUCUUACCGCCCCCCUUGACAGCUGCAGCGCACACAAAGGGGCGUUAUCGCCCACUUUGGGAAACACUGAUCUAAACGAAUAAACAACGAAUUGCUGAUUGUACUCGGGACUCAUUUCGUCUCUUUCAAACUUAGCAAAUCUCUUUUCAACGACUGAUUUCCCUGGUGCAGAGCCCUAAUUCAACAGUAUUUUCUCCCAAAAAGCAAUGCUUUAUUAACACACGAAAUAUUUAUGAUCCAUUUUUUUUGUAAACUAACACAAGUUGCUUCACAAAAAUGCUAUGUUUCAUUAACUAAUAGUUAUACUAAGAGAAAUAAUAUAGAUGGUAUUAGUUGAGGAGUAGUAUUAUUUAUUUGUCAGCUAUAGCAAAGCGUGAACGCGUCCUCUAGUAUGUAAUAAUAACGUCUUGUUUUUUGUGACAGUCACAUAAGAAUUUCUGACCACUAUAUUUGUUUAAUAACUUCAUUUAUACUUCUGUAAAACUAUUGCAUUCUACUAACUUGCAUCAUUUAUAAGUAUACGUUUGUUACAUCGGAAACAUCCCACUCGUUCUAAUGACCCUGAGAGUUUUUGUUAUGUUUGUGUAGAAUUAACUUUUUAAUCUCAGCAUCGUAAACUCAUAUGUUGAGAUUUUCGUCUUUUCGAAUAUACGCAAAAACAAUAUUGGAAUCAGCUGUUUACUAAUGUGACAAAUAAUAAUAAAAUUUACAAUCAGCUCGGCAAUUUUAAUUGAAAAUUAAAUUUUUAAUCGCAGCUUCGUAAACUUCCGUCAUUGCAAACCAAUUCUGAUUUUCAAUGGUGUCACAGAAUCUGUUUGGAUAUUCGUGUUUUCGAAUACACGCAAAAACAAUAUUCGAAUCAGCUGUUUACUAAAGUGACAAGUCGUGCGAAAGCAAUCCUAAAAAACAUAAAAGGAAAAUACUAAGAGAUCACAGUAACCCACUUGUUGCCACAGGAGAACCGGAGUGGAAUUUAGCUUGUAUUUACUGUGUAUGUGUUCUUAUGGUAUUAAAUAUCAUAGAACCACAUAUGCAGCCCUCGACGAUUCCACUUGUAAUUCCAAUGGCAGCAACACGGCGUUGUUUAGCCUUCUACAGUUUGCGAAAUGCCACAAAGACGCACAAUAGUUGCUGAGUUGAGUAAGCUGAUAUUUAGAAAAGGGGCCACCUCCUGUUGCUCGGCUCUCAAUUUUGUUGUGUGCUAAUUUUCAUUUAAUUUCGCUUUUCUACACAGUUAUUCUUAUAUUUAAAAAUGAAACGCCUUUUUUAUGUCCACGCAUUCCGCCCGAACCACAGCACGGAAAGACGUGACAAUUUGCACGUGUAUCCCUUUAGUCCUAGCUUUUUUAAGUAAAACCAUCCUAGAUUUCGCAAUUUAUGUCUAUAUUUAUAGCUCAAGAACGGCUGAAAAAUGGUGCUGAUAUAGGUUACUUUCUAUCGUUUUAUGUUAAAGUCAUAUCUAUUCAUAAAGGAAAAAAGUAUAUUUUAAAACAAAAGCAUGUGUUCAAUAUUCAUGUAAGAUAAAUUUGAAAAUUUUUUUACAAUUUUUUUUGUACAAAAUAAUCACACAGUUACUGGCAGGGUACAGUGGUUCACAUAUACAUAUAUGAAUUAUAAUGAUAGUUGUAACUGAAUAAGAAAAGGUUAAAUCAUAAUUUGAGAUGAGCGCAUAAUAGCUGACAAAUAUUCCUGAAUGCAAUGCAUGUGCAGUAGCAGUCGAUUUUGCAAAUACAUUCGAUGAAUGUUGGACAAAACAUUACCAUAUGUUUAGAUAUAGGGCGUGUAACGCGCCCUCUUCUACUCUACUCGUGCACUGUUAUUCACUAUAACAAGAAGCAUAUACCAUAUAUGAUGUAACCACAUAUGAUGCAGAUGCGGACACUGUGAAGAUGUUGUUACAUCAUACAUAUUUAUGUAUGUACUAUUCCUUAAGUGAUUUACGAUGUCAAUAAAAAAUUUAGAUUGCCAAUUCAGCUAAAAAAAAGAUGAUAUCCCUGACAACAAUGAGCGAGAGGACAAGCGAGCUUAGACUUGUCUAUAAUAUAAAAAUGAAUCGCAAAAUGUGUUGGUAAGCGCAUAACUCAACAACGCCUGGACCAAUUUGGCCAAUUCUCUUUUUAAAUAUUCAUUGAUAUUUAAAGAUGGUUUUUACUGCGAAUCCCUAAGAACAACUAUUUUCUUGAAUGUUUCUUUGAUAGUAGCGCUUAAGCUCGUGAACGGCUGCACCAAUCUUGAUGAAAUUUUCAGAGAUUAUUCGUUGUGGAUCGGGUAAGGUUUAGAAAUAAAAAAAACCCUUAUACAUUUCAAGAGGAAAUGCCGGAAAAUUGCACAAUUCCAAAAAGUAACUUUUUUCCAUACAUAUUUUUUUUAAAUUUUUUGUUUUAUUUUUCUAUAUUUUGAUUUUUAAAUUUUUUGAAUCGUUCAAUUUCGGUCACUUGCUUUUUUAUACCGGCUAUUCAAAAGAAAAAUUAUUGAAAAUUAUUCAGUGAAAACUUUGUGUGUUUCAUACAAAGUGACCAAUUACAGAUUGAAAUUUGUUACGAAGCUGCGAAGAGGUCACGCUAAUAUCAGUCGGCUUUCCUUUUGCCAUCAACGUAUGGCAGCUCAAUACACAUGAACGAGUACUCCGAGGAUUCCAUAGCAUACGUGUGGAAUUAUGGAUCGCGGUCAAUCAGAAAGCGAUCGUCACGACUUUUCAAACAGGAUUCAAUUCCCACGACAGCCGGUUCUACGCACCGGAAUUGACUCAGAUUUUUUCCGACCAAGGGCUGUUUUUUCGGCGAUCUAACCCCGUUUGGAUCGAUGAGUACUAAUUUGUGUUUGUCGUCAUUGGAGCAACGCUUUGCAGCAAGGUUGCUCCGUAUCCUCCGGACUCGUGCUGGCAUUGAGUCCAACCCGGGCCCGGAGGAAUUUUUCUGCAAUGGAUGGAGCCAUCUUAAGACCUGCUCAGGCCUUAAGACUCAUAGGGAGUGGACCACGCGUUACGUGGACCCAUGUUGCCUGCGCAAUACUGCGACACAAGCUUCUACGGCUGUGCAAUCUGCACUGCACAUAGUUCGCGCGCCGCGCCGCCACUUAACCAGAGUGGCCAACAGAUGACGGGGUUAGAUGACUGCAACAGGAGCUCAAACAGGCAACAUAGCUCCCACUCUGACUGACUUGACUGAUCCGAAGAGACAUGACGACGGAGUUGAAAUUCAAUUCAAUGGCCAUGCCUCUUCGGACCCGAAGAAGUGCGCGAGCUAUUUUAGCCGGCAGUUUACACUGCUCCCUUCCGUAGACAAAGCCAAGAGAUGUGUUAACCGACGGCUGCGCAAAAUGCCAAACAACUGCGCGCCGCUUACUUUCACCGAUGAGGAGGUUCAUCAAAAUCAUCCAAAUCCAUUGGCCCUAAUGGAAUCAACAUGCUAAUGCUAAAGCAUCUAGGCUCGACGGGAGUAAGUUAUCACACCAAGGUCCUCAACUUGUCACUAACCACUCUUCAAAUACCCGAUGUGUGGAAAAUUGGAAGAGUGGUGCCACUACUGAAACCUGGGAAACCCGCCAAUAAAGAGGAAUCUUAUCGCCCGAUAACUCUCCUCCCCCCAGUAGUGCAGACAUUUGAGGCCUUGCUACUCUCGACUUUCACUCACCAACUGAGCCUAGCCAUUCACCAGCAUGGAUUCCGCAAAGUGCACGGCACAACCACAGCAAUUAGCGUCAUAAACGCCCAGAUAGUCCGUGGCCUCAACCAGAAGCCACCCUGUGAGAGAACGAUCCUCGUAGCGUUGGACUUGUCAAAAGCCUUUGACACAGUCAACCACACAACGCUACUGCAGGACAUAGAAAAAACAACGCUUCCUCCAGGGUUAAAGAGGUGGACCAUGAACUAUCGCGGUCGUCAGACUUCCGUACUAUUUCGAGGUGAAACAUCUAAAGUGAAAAAAAUUAAACAGGGGGCUCCGCAGGGUGGUGUCCUCUCCCGGUUACAUUUUAACUCCUAUAUCUCGAAACUCCCGCAACCACCAGUGGGGGUUUCCAUAACCUCGUACGCAGAUGACUGCACGAUAUUGACGUCGGGCAAUGGAAUCGAUCGCAUUUGUUCGAAAGUAAACAACUACCUCUCCGACCUUUCUCGUUUCCUCACUGCACGGAAUCUCCAACUUUCCCCUACCAAAUCCACAGCGACCAUAUUCACAAACUGGACGAAGGAGUAUAGACUUGAACUUAAUAAUGCAGUCGAUGGCGUCAAAAUUCCGACUGUAAAAAAUCCUUAGAUUUAAGGUGUAAUUUUUGAUAGUCUAUGCUCCUUCUCUCCCCAUACGACCGCGAUUAUCGCCAAGAUACAGAGCCGCAACAAAAUCCUCAAGUCGUUAGCCGGCAGCACAUGAGGAAAAGACAAAGAAACGUUGCUGGCAACUUACAAGGCAAUCGGCCGGCCGGUCCUCAACUACGCAGCACCAAUAUGGUCGCCUGGAUGCAGUGGCACGCAGAUGAGGAAACUUCAGACCUGCCAGAAUACAGCACUCCGGACCACGACGGGAUGCCUCUUGAUGUCUCCCAUUGAACACCUCCACAGUGAGACGCUACGUGUAAAGGAGUAUAAUGAACUCCUCUCAGGCAGUUCCUGCUGGGAUGUUUCCGUAGGAAUCACCCUUGCAGCCAUCUGCUUGGAGCGGAACCGCCCCCUAGGAGCAUCAAAAGGUCAUUCCUCGACUACGUCGACCCCGACAUACUUAAUGUAUGUCCUGCAUGCAACGAGUCUCCGCAUGACACUGGCCACCUCUUUGAAUGCCGUACAAGCCUUACCCAUCUAACACCCUCCUCCCUUUAGUCCGACCCCGUCGAAACAGCACGUUCCUUGGGCCUACCGUUAGAUGACCUCAACGACAACACAAACGACCCUUACCAUACUAACGGGGAUUAGCAAACCGUUAAAACAACAAUUUUUCAAACAACAGCUAAGAUGUUUGAUGGACUUUAUCUUGAAGCAAAGUAUGGUAUAUAUGGUGCUGUUAGAUGCUGCAUGUACUCUGUUGAGUUGCAAAAAGUGGUUUGCCACACGCACAUAUUUUUCUUUGGAUGGUAGAUGGUGGUUACACCAGAUCAAAUUGAUGAAAUAAUUUCUGCGGAAAUUCCUGAUGCAGAGAAAGAUUCAGUAUUAUACGAAGUGAUGAAGACCCAUAUUUUUCAUGGACCUUUCGGACACCACAAUCCCACUUCGGCUUGUAACAAAUGCACGAAACGCUAUCCACGUGCUUUUAUUUCGGAAAAGCAAACGGGAAAUGAUGGAUAUCCACUCUAUCGGCGUAGAUUACCAGACGACAAUGGCAGAACAUUUAGCAUUCAACUUAAAGGAGUGAAUUUCGAAGUCGAUAACUAUGGAUCGUGCCAUAUUCGCUACUGUUGUCUAUUUCACAUUCAAAACUCAUUUGAAUGUUGAUUAUUGCAGUUUGGUAAAAUCGAUCAAAUACGUUUGCAAAUACGUCACCAAAGAAAGCAACAUGGCGGUUAUUGCCCUUGAACGAGAUAAGAUCAGCAAGUAUCAAAUCGAUCGAUACGUGAACUGCAAUAAAGCGCUUUUUAGGAUAUUUACUUUUGCAAUUUAUGAACGUUUUCCGACUGUUGUGCGUCUCGCAGUUCAUUGGAGAAUGGCCAAAGAGCGUAUUUCAACCCAGAGAAUAUAUAUAUACCAGUCGAAACACCGCCAGCAACAAAAUUGACCUUGACGAGUUUGUUCUCAACUUGCGUCAGUGAUCCGCUUGCGAGAACAAAGCUCUAUUCGGAAAUACCUUGAUAUUAUAUAUGGAAUGCAUCGUAGAAGAAAUAGUUACGCAGAAACUAUGGCCAGCCAGUAGAUGGACAUCCAAGGUGUGUCUUCAACUAAUGCCUUAGGAUGAAUUUACACAAUCCCUCCGCAAAACGACGGUUGCUUCUACUUUCAGUUGCUAUUGAUAAAUGUACAUACGUGGUUAAAUUUCAUUUGAGUCAUUGCAUACUGUGAAUGGUAGAGUGUUUGCAACCUUUUGAGAAGCAUGUUCGCAAUUACAAUUGCGGGAACAUGAUAAUCAUUGGAAUCAAACGAUAGACGAUUCGAUAGCUACUUCGCAUGCCACUGAAGUCCACGCGCACGCACAAUUUUAGCUGCCAAAAAUUCGAAGCCGUGAAUUAUUCAGUGGAAUUUCUAAAAUCUUUGGAGAGGCUUGGUAUGCAAGCUCCGUCACACAUAAUUUCACGGUAACAUCAUUGUGUGGAGGACCUGCAGCCAUGGCACCUUCCAUUUUUUCGGUUAAAUUCUAAUUCCGACAACUAUCAGAUUCCACACCACUGAUUAAUUGAAUAGUGCGAUCGGAGUCAUGUGUAGAAGUUCACGCAAGUGAGGAAAGUUCUCUGAUCGCCAUUCACUUGGGAGUGGCCAGAAACGAUUCUUUUACAUAUGACUCAAGCAGCUCACGACUUCCGGUCUUUGACCAAGUAUCCUCUGGGUAGCCUAAGAACAUCCGUUUGAAGGCGAGCCGAAGUGAAAAGGCGAAACAUCCCCUGCAUAUGGUUGUGCGCUUCGUUUGGGACCCGCCACGUAAAAAACACCACCAAUGAAAAGUAGCAAUUAGCCUCGGAUGAGAGACCCCACUUUUGAUGACGACCAUGGCAAAGGAUGGCAAGGACUACGAAUUGAGGACAUGCGCCUGAAAUGUUCGCUCUCUUAAUUGGGAAGGUGCCCCUGCCCAGCUUGUUGAUGUCCUCGUAAAAAUAAAGGCUGCGCAAGUUUGGUGUGGUAUUCGUGGUGGGCGAGAGACUCCGUCGCCGAGUACUAUCAUUCACUCCGGUGAAUGAACGCCUAGUCACAAUCCGCAUCAAAGCGAAGUUCUUCAACAUAUCGCUGAUUUGCGCCCACGCCCCGACGGAAAAGAAAGACGAUGUGACCAAAGAUGACUCUUAUGAGCGCUUGGAGCUCGCUUAUGAGAGCUGCCCCCGCCACGAUGUCAAAAUCGUGCUUGGCGACUUCAACGCCAGGGUGGGCAAAGAAGGUAUCUUUGGCACUACGGUCGGUAAAUUCAGCCUCCACGAGGAAACAUCCCCAAAUGGGUUGAGGCUGAUCGACUUCGCCGGGGCCCGAAAUAUGGUUAUCUGUAGUACUAGAUUCCAGCAUAAGAAGAUACAUCAAGCUACCUGGCUGUCUCCGGAUCGAAAAACCACCAACCAGAUCGAUCAUGUUGUGAUAGACGGAAGACACGUCUCCAGUGUUUUAGAUGUGCGUGCGCUCCGAGGUCCUAACAUCGCCUCAAACCACUAUAUUGUUGUAGCCAAAAUUCGCACCCGCCUCUGUGCAGCAAAAAACGCACGCCAACAAACACAAGGAAGGUUCGACGUCGAGAAGCUGCAAUCACAACAGACAGCCGAACGAUUUUCUACUCGGCUUGCACUCCUGCUCUCUGAGAGCACUCGUCAACAACUCGGUAUAAGGGAACUGUGGGACGGCAUUUCAAACUCCUUACGCACAGCUGCAACCGAAACCAUUGGUUUUCGGAAGGUGCAAAAGAACAGCUGGUACGACGAGGAGUGCCGUGUCGCAGCGGAGAGAAAACAGGCUGCCUACCUCGCAACGUUACGAUCGACCACAACACGUGCGGGAUGGGAUAGAUACCGAGAGUUGAAGAGGGAAGCGAGACGCAUUUGUAGACAGAAAAAGAAAGAGGCCGAAAUGCGUGAGUACGAAGAGCUUGAUAAGCUGGCCGACAGGGGUAAUGCUCGAAAAUUCUACGAAAAAAUGCGGCGGCUUACAGAGGGUUUCAAGACCGGAGCAUAUUCUUGUAGAACCCCCAAAGGUGAUCUAGUCACCGAUGCCCAGAGCAUACUUAAAAUAUGGAGGCAACACUUCUCCAGCCUGCUGAAUGGCAGUGAACGCACAACGCCAGGAGAAGGCGAACCCGAUUCUCCAAUCGAUGACGAUGGAGCAGACGUUCCACUACCCGACCAUGAAGAAGUUCGAAAGCAGUUGCCCUCCUGAAGAACAAUGAAGCGACAGGGGCCGCUAAGUGUGCUAUGCCCAAUCCAUAAAAAAGGAGACCCCUCAAUCUGCCUCUUAAACAUCGCAUAUAAAGUUCUAUCGAGCGUAUUGUGUGAAAGAUUAAAGCCCACCGUCAACAAACUGAUUGGACCUUAUCAGUGUGGCCUUAGACCUGGCAAAUCAACAAUCGGCCAGAUAUUCACCAUGUGCCAAAUCUUGAAAAAGACCCGUGAAAGCAAAAUCGGCACACACCACCUCUUCGUCGAUUUCAAAGCUGCUUUCGACAGCACGAAAAGGGGCUGCCUUUAUGCCGCGAUGUCUGAAUUUGGUAUCCCCGCAAAACUAAUACGGCUGUGUAAGCUGACGUUGAGCAAUACCGAAAGCUCCGUCAGAAUCGGGAAGGACCUCUCCGAGCCGUUGGAUACCAAACGAGGUUUCAGACAAGGCGAUUCCCUAUGCAGGGGCUUGGACGAUGUCAACAACGGAUGAGUCGACGUUGCGAGUUUUCGAGAGAAAAGUUCUGCGAAAGAUUUAUGGUCCUUUGCGCGUUGGCCUCGGCGAAUAUCGCAUUCAAUGGAAAGAUGAGCUGUACGAGAUAUACGACGACAUUGACAUAGUUCAGCGAAUUAAAAGACAACGGCUACGCUGCCGAUACAACAACAACAACGCUACAACUGCCGCUACAACAACAACAACGGCUACGCUGGCUAGGUCAUGUUGUCCGGAUGGACGAAAACUCUCCUGCUCUGAAAGUAUUCGACGCAGUACUCGCCGGGGGAGGUGGAGAAAGACCUGGCUUCGCUUGGAAUAUUCAAUUAGCGCCACGUAGCGAAAAGAAGAAACGACUGGCGCGCGGUUGUUAACUCGGCUAUAAUCGCGUAAGUGGGGUCUACGCCAAUUAAGAAGAAGAAUAUUUAUACUAUUUUGGAUUUCCUGUGAGGAAUCAAAAUAAAUCCUAGGUUCCAUAUAAAUGUUAUGGCAAUAUUACGAUUAUUUUGGUGACGUGAUUUGAAUAGAGAAACACCUCAGGAUUAAAAAGUGUUUGAACAUGUGCCCCCCUCAGAUUUACAGUUUUCGAGAUAUUUGUAUGUAUGUAAAGUUCAAAAAUUUGUAAAAGUAAUACAUGCUCUGUCACUAUGUUUAACUCAAUUUGCAUACAUUUUACAAUUAAUACAUUUUAAUUACACUGUACACAUUGAAAUAUUUCUGACUUUUACAUUUAUUAUGUAUUAAGAAAUAAAAAAUACUUUAAAAACUGUUUAAAGCAGCAUUGUCCAAUUCACUGUGAUCCUUGUGACACUUACCACUUCCACUUAUUUUAAUAAAAACGCGGCUAAGUUACAAGGGAAAUUCAAUAUGGGGGGUUGGCGGCUUAUCUCAUUUAGCCAUCCGGGCCCCCUAAGCGAAUAUUCAGCCUAGCAAUCUCUGCAAUUGCUGGAGUGUUGCCACCACGUUGCUGAGUCCAGUAGCGGGGCGAUGCUGUGGCGCUUUUGUGCAACGCGGUGCGAACGCCAUUGAUGGGGCGCAGGCCGGGCUGCAGUAGUUCGACGUCGUACCGUCCGGUCUCCUUGCGUUGAUCUACCCGUGCUUGGGGCAGCUGGCCGACCUACAUCGCGUCGUGGGGUCCUGUGCAGCAGCGUGUGAUGUGGUCUGUCACACGUGUGGCAUAAGUCGGAAGAAGCACACUCCUGCGUCUCAUGCGUGUGCGACAGGCAGUUGAGGCAGUGCUCAUGUGCCUGGGCAACACGAUGUCGUUGUGUCGGUGUUAGCUCCUUAAAGAGCCCACAGUGUUGCAGUCGAUGUUUCCGGCGACAUAGCGGGCAUCGGAUGCGACGCGGCUCGACUUGAGCGGAUGGCGUAGAUGGGGCUGCUCGUGAGCCACUACCAGAAGCGGCAGUCGAUACCGUAGCACUGGUUGAGCGGGGCGGAGGAGUAGGCCCAAUACGUGCCCCGUUGGUGGCAGACCGAACAGUUGGUGUUGGGAUUGUAGGCAUGUCCACGUCCAUCUUGAACUCUGUAAGAAAUUGUAUUUGAAUAUACAUGGUAGUAUAUAAAUAGAAUGUGUGAUUGGGCCACGUUAUGUGGCAUGACUGGUCGUCGUAUUCACCGACCAUUCUUUUGUUAUUUUUAUUUUUAUUGUUAUUGUUAACGGUUGGUUGCGGGUUGCGAUUUUAUUGAUUUAUUUUCAUUUGCGUUACGGCAUUAUGUUCGGAUUGUUUAGUAUCGGAUUUUCGUUAUUAUCCGCAGUUGGUAGAAAGCAUAAUUUAACCAGCGGUCUGGUGAGUAUUCCGCUUUGAGUACGGAGAUCAACGACGCCGUCUGAGCCAUAAUGGAGCUUUUCAAUACGGCCAAGUCGCCACUCGGUAGGUGGAAGACAAUCGUCGUUAAUAAGUACACAAUCUCCAAGCUUUGGCGCAUUUUCUGAUGUUUUCCAUCGAUACCUCUUGCGGAGGUCCUUUAAAUAGUCUUCUUUCCAUCUGCGACUGAAAUUGUGAUGGAAAAUUUUAAUUCUCUCCCAUCGAUUUAAUAAGGAUAGCGACUCCACGCCUGGCUCAGGUGUGGCCACAAUGGGUGCUCCUUUGAGAAAGUGCCCUGGUGUUAGGGCUGUGAGAUCUGAGGGAUCUUGCGAGAGUGUUGUUAGUGGCCGUGAAUUGAGAACGGCUUCAAUGCGAAUUAAUAGAGUUGUAAAUUCUUCGUAAUUAAAUUUGUAGUUUCCAGCUACUUUCUUUAAGUGGGAUUUGAAGCUUUUUACAGCUGAUUCCCAUAAACCACCCAUAUGAGGAGCUCUUGGGGGGAUGAAUUACCAAUUAAUGCCUUGGGGGGCGUACUUUUGUACAAUCUCAGGGGAGACUUGUUGAAUAAAGUCCACAAACUGUUUUUCUGUGGCUCUUUGAGCUCCGAUAAAGGUUUUUCCAUUGUCGCUCAUGAGUUUGGACGGAAAAUCGCGUCGCCCGACGGAGCGAGCAAAUGCCGCGAGAAAAGCCUCUUUUGUCAGAUUAGUACAUAGCUCGAGGUGCACUGCUUUUGUCGUAAAACAGACAAAGACAGCCACGUAGCCUUUCAUUAGGGUAGGAGACCUUAGCAUGGACGCCUUUAUCUGAAAAGGCUCAGCAAAAUCAAUACCUGUGAUAGUGAGAGGCAGAGCGAAGUUGCAGCGUUCCGGUGGAAGUGCUGCCAUAAUCUGCGUCCUCAUCUUCUGUUUAUGCAUAGUGCAGAUCUUGCACAUGAAAAUGCACUUUUUUAUUGGGGGCUUAAGCCGGGGAACAUAGAACUCUUGGCGGAUUAUAUAUUGCAUUAGGCGAUGUUCCGCGUGCAACAUUAGUAUAUGUACAUACUUGAGUAGCAAUGUUGCAAGUCGAGACUUUUCUGGUAUUAUUAGAGGAUGGCGUUCGUUUUAUGUCAGGCUUGAGUUAGCAAGCCGACCAUUAGCACGAAGCAGACCUUUCGUAUCCAGAAAUGGAUUUAGUACUAAGAGUGAGCUCUUUUUGUCAAUCGGCUUCGAUUCUCUUAGUAGUGACAUCUCGCAGCUGAAGUGGCGCGACUGAGUAUAAGUGAUAAGAGCGACCUUUGCCUUUUCUAGGUCUAGGUGCGUCAAUGUAACGCCUUGGGGACAUACUGUGCGCAUUCCCUUAAUUCUAAGUUUGAGUCGCUCUAUGAAGUUGAGCAUGUAAGCGAUUAUCCUGAGGGCUCGAGGGUAUGAUGAAAAUCGCUUAAGGAUGUCAGUAUCAUCCAAUGUCGUGUGAAAGGAGUCGAUUUUUCGACUUUCGGGGGCAAUGCGUAUUGUCGAUUGUGGCCAAGAAUCUGUGGAUUCGGUUAACCAUCGGGGGCCAUUCCACCAGAGCGUGGUGGUGGCAAGAUCCAGGGGUUUGCACCCUCUUGUACCUAGAUCAGCAGGAUUGUCGGCACUGGCUACGUGUCGCCAUGUGGCUGCUCCUACUAGGUCAAGUAUUUGAGAGGUUCGAUUAGAAAUAUAUGUUUUCCACGGGUGUGGUGGCUUUUCUAACCAGACUAAUACAAUUUCGGAAUCAGACCAGAGAUACAAUUUAUAUUUGGUCAUAUUUAGAUGCGUUUGCACCAUGGAUACUAGUUUGGCUAGUAGUAGCGCACCACAUAGUUCCAGUCGUGGCAGACUUAUUGUUUUUAGCGGAGCCACUUUUGCUUUGGCUACCAGUAGGUGACUGGUGGUCGCUGUGUCAGAUUGUGUGCGCACAUAGAUGGUGGCACAAUAUGCCUUUUCAGAGGCAUCACAGAAGCCAUGUAGUUCGACUUUGUGCUCUGGGGCAUAAUUUAUCCAUCGUGGGAUUUGUAUCUGUGAGAUAUCAUUCAGAUUACCCGCGAACUGGGACCACUUUUCUAAACGAAGUGGUUUCACUUGUUCAUCCCAGUCAGUUCCGUCUAGCCACAAUUCUUGUAUUAGAAUCUUUGCUUGUUACAUAAUUGGUGAAAGCCAUCCUGCGGGGUCGAAAAGUUUUGCCACCGAGGAUAAAAUUUGCCUCUUUGUUAUAGCUGAUAGUGCGGAUAUUGACUCAUUUGUGUAUGAAAACUGGUCAGAUAUCGCAUUCCAUUGUAUCCCCAAAGUUUUUGUUGUGUUUUCCUUUUCGAAUUUAAGGAAAUUAGUGUCUAAUAGAUUUUCUUUAGGUAUGUCCUUUAAAAUAUUAGGGUGGUUCGCCGUUAUCUUUUUCAACGGAAACCCUGCUGUAUUGCGCUUGUGUCACUUGUGCUAGUGACUCGUAUGCCUGUGGAAGAUUGUGGCUUCCGGAUAGAAUGUCGUUGCCAAUUGAAUUCUGACUUUGUGUCUUCUGCCAGUUCGUGGAGUGUACGAAUGGCGAGGUAUGGGGCACAGUUUACGCCAAAGGUAACUGUUUUUAAUUUAAAGUCGCGUAGUGGACUAUUGGGAGAUUUUCGGAAAAUAAUUCGCUGAUAAUCUUGGUCAUCAUCAUGUACGACUAUUUGUCGAUACAUUUUCUCCACAUCCCCAUUGAAAACGUAUUUGUAUAUACGCCAAUUUAGUAUGAGGAGCAUUAAAUCUGGCUGAAGCGUGGGUCCCGUAAAUAAAAUGUCAUUUAGGGAAUUCCCCCAACUUGAUGAUUUUGAUGCAUUAAAGACAACUCUUACCUUUGUGGUUUUUUUGUCUGGCUUUAUUACUGCAUGAUGUGGCAGGUAAAAAGAAUUGUAUUUACUUUUUAUAAUUUUUUCGCCAGGGCUGACUUCCUCCAUGUGGUUUAAAUGGAUGUAUUCUUCUAAAACCCUAUCGUAUUCUGGUUUAAGCUCGCCUUUUUUAAGUAGGUUUUUUUCCAUACUUAAAAACUGUUGGAUAGCAGAGGUACGAGAAUGACCUAAGGCGAGUGUGUGGGGAAAUUCUGGCUUUAGUGGUAGUCGUAAGACGUACCGGCCAUUAUCUAAUCGAGUAGUUGUGGAUUUGUAAAAAUCCUCACAAUAUCGAUCUUCUGGGGUUGUGAUUGAUAUGGGGGGAAGUUCUUCUAACUCCCAAAAUUUCUUUAGUUGAGUAUUGAGGUACUCGUUUGAGAUUUCCUCAACUUGAGUUGUCAUUGUUGUGACUGGUUCCGCAACUAGUCCGCUUAGGACCCAUCCGAAAAUGGUAUUUUGCGCCAGAAGUGUUUUUGUAAUUUUCUCAACACCUUCGAGAAUAAUUUGAGGUAUGAGAUCGCUGCCUAAUAGAAUAUCUAUUUGAGCGGGAGUGUUGCAGUUGGGGUCUGCUAACUUAAGGUGUGAAACCUUUUGCCAAUGUUUGCUAUUUAUAUGAUAGCUUGGAAGCAUGUUUGUUAGUUGCGGUAAGACAAUAGCUUCUGCUUGAAUGCGCUUAUCCGCUUGGGGGGAAAUAAGGGUAAUGGGGUAGAUUUUGUUUGGGUUUUGUACUACUCUUCCGCCCAUUCCCGUAAUUUCAAAAUUAGCUAGUUUUGUUGGCAGUUGUAGCCUACUUUGUGCCCUUGACGCUAUAAAAGAUCGUUGAGAUCCUUGGUCUAUUAAGGCCCUAAGUUUAAACAGUUCUCCUCGGUGCUCGAUGGAGACCACUGCUGUGGGUAAUAAUACACUGCUUUGGUUUUCGCUGUGUAGCGUCUGAGUUUUUAAAGCCUUUGAGCAGUAUGGUGCUUCUUGGCAAUUUUCUGAAUUUUGUAAGUCGGGAUUUGCUGUUGCCACUAAUCCCGCAGCUCUUUUAACAUUAGUGUUAUUUUGAGCGAAGCUGGAAAAAUUUGUAAUGUGAAGCAUUGAGUUAUGUCGUUUAUGGCAAUAAACGCAAUUAAAUUUGCUUUCGCAAUCUUUGAGCGCAUGCGCAUGAGACAAACAAUUGGUACACAUUUUUUUUGUUCUUACGAAAUUGUUUCUUUCGUUAAUGUUUAGUUUUUUAAAUUUCUCGCAAGAUUUCAGCCUGUACCCUCCUUUACACAGUUCGCAUGACGUAUGUUUAUUUUGUUCGGAUGUGAACGCUUGUGUUUUGAAAAAACUACGAUUUAAGUUCAGGUCGUGUUGAACGUUUUUAGUUCUGACCAUUUUUUUAUCUACCCUUUCUGCAAUUUCGUAUUGGGUAGUUAAGAAAUCGUUCAUUUGUUGCCACGUUGGGCACUUUCUUCGUGAUGAGAGCGAUUGCUCCCACAAAAGUAACGAUUUUUCUGGUAAUGCGGAUGUGCAUAUAUUUACCAGAAUGGGGUCCCAAUUGUCUGUGGGAAUAUUCUGUGUCGCUAGAACCGACAAGCAAUUUGAAACAGUGGAUUGAAGUUUUAUAAAUUCUUCACUUGUUUCUUUUUGAAUUUUUGGUAAAUUCAUUAAUAUUGUGACUUGUUUGUCGACUAAUAUUCUUUCGUUUUCGUAACGAGCUUUUAGAGCUUCCCAAGCAUAAUUGAAAUUUUCGUCAUUAAGAGCGAACUGUUUGACUAUUACGCCUGCUUGGCCUUUUGUUUUGUAUCGGAAGUGAUACAAUUUUUGCGCUUGAGAUAAUUUAGGAUGGUUUAUGUACACGGCCGUAAACAUGUCCCGGAAGGAAGGCCAUUGUUCAUAACCUCCAUGAAAUAUUUCUGUAUCGCAUGCUGGCACUUUAAGGUGAAUGCCUGAGGCCUCUUGGCUUUGAAUUUGUGGCAGCUCUACUCUCGGUUGUGGAGUAGGUGCAAUUGCUUUAAUUAAUCUCAAUUUAUCGGAGAUCAUAGCUCUUGUUUCUUCGUACUGGUCUAAGCAGUGUUCAUAUUUGGAGUAUGCUGAAGAUUUGAAAUUUUCAGGUAGAUCUGAUUCGUCAGAUUCUACAAUUGCGUCAUACGCAGCUUGGAGACGUGUCCAGAAAUUUCUUAGAUUUUCUUUUUUGAUUCAGAAUUCGAAUUAGAAAUCGAGUGCAGUAUCGAAUUAGACUGUCACUCUCAGCAAUAAAUUUAGUAUAUGAAAUAUCUUUCAGCUUUUUUUGCUUUGUAGCACCUUGCUUUGAGCGUGUAGCAUCAGCAGGUGUACAUGGGCUCUUUUCUUCUGAAAUCAUUGUUUGUACUUUUAAAUAUUGUAUUGAUUUAGAUUCCUUAGAAUUUCCGUUUAUUUUGAUAAUAUGAUAAAAUUGCAAAUAUGAGAAAAAAAAUUCUCUCAGUGUACUUCUGAUAAUAAUAAGUACGCGUGAAAUCUUUAAGAUAAAAAGUUUUUUUUUUUUUUUUGUUGUAUACGCAAUGUAUCAAAUAACGAACGCGUAUUUCGUUUUACUUAUUCCCGGUGCUUAUGUAUUUAGCUACUAGUUUGUUCUUGUUUUUGUUUUUUAUUUUAUUUAAUGUUUCGUACUCGUUAGCAAAUACUUGCGUAUACGAGCGAUAAUGAAAAAGGAGAAAAAGAUUGAUGACCUUUGUAUAUAAGUUUGCACAAUAUGUGCGUGUUUAUGUGCAUACGUAACAUGCAAAACAUUUAUUUUUUUGUUUUGUUUGCAAUCCUGCUUGCUUGUGCUUUAACAAGAACAAGGGGUAUUGCUGGACAGGUGCCGAUUUCGUCUUUGAAUAUAAGUAUGUGUGUGUGAAUACUUGAAAAACGCUUAAAGUUUUUGUGUUAUUUUGACCGUAUUUUUUUUUUUUUUUUAAUAGUAAAUUUUAAAAUUUUUAAUAAAUUAAAAUUUUGCAUUUAGCGUUUUAUUUUUUCCAAAUUUUGUAAAAUUUGAAAUUUUAAUUUAAUUUGGUACCCUAUGUACGUUGUAUGUACCGGCAUAGGCAAAUUGUAUGCCGUAUGUAUGUGCGUAUAUUAUUUGCCGUACGGAUAACGCGGGAAUGGAAAAUCGGUGAAGUGCAGGUAUGCACUUUUGGUUAAUACGUCAAAUUUCAUUUUUGUUAUGCUGUUUAUACAUACAUGUGGGUGUAUGUCGCAUUAAUUUUGUCUUUCACUUUGUUUCGGUAUAUAUGUAUGUUUGGUUUUGUUAUUCUUCUUUUCUCCUUUUGAAUUUCGCAAUUGCCUUAGCUUACUUUUUGCGCAAUCUUGCUUAUACUGUUGAGUAUAAGGGGUAUUGCCGGAAAAUGUUGUCAAGUGAGUACUUGAACAUUUUUUUUUUUAUUUUUAAUGUUGUGUGUUGGGGUGGUCUAGUUUAUGCCACUUCGUCCAAACUGCUUCCCGUCCGUUUCCUUUCCUGUUUGGUGUUCCUUGUUCCGUUUUUGUUAAUAUCCCUUUGUGGGUUGGCUUUCCUUCGUUGGGUUGACUUUCCUACGUUGGUUGGCUUUUUAGGUUGUUAUUAUUUUUUAUUAUUUUUUUGUGUUUUUAAUUUUUUUUUCACGUUUAUAAAUGUUUACUUUUCACCAAUACAAUAUUUUGGUCAUUAAGCUUCGCGCCCGUGUGGAUUGUUUUCUUUAUCUCAUUUAGCCAAAAACUAUUUUGCGCACCUACAAUUUCAAAAGAUUUGUGACUUAACAUUUAUGACAAAUACUGGUGUUGCCACAUUUACAACAUAGACUAUUGUAUUAAGCAGUAAUCUCUCUAAAGGUAGCUGAUAUUUAUACUUUAUAAGAAAUUAAAGGUUUUGAUGUCACAAGAAAAUUUGAAGUGUAAAUUAUAUUUUAUUCACAUAUUACUGAUAUGAGUUUUUAUGUAACAAAAAAAAUAAUUUUUUUUUUACGGCUGAAUAAAUUUAACUAAUUAAAAUAUUGGUGGAAGUCCGGGGAAGAAAGAGAAGAAAGUAUAUAUGCUUUCAUAUUGACUGUUUCUAUGUUGAUUGUAUUAGUUUAUAAUAUUAAAUGUUAUACGUGCUUACCAUUCGAGCAUAAGUACCGGAUUUAUUCUUAACACAAAAACGCUCGAAGAAUCUCUCUAGGAUUUUUCGGAUUCUAAAUCCAUCAUUUUAUUUUCUGAGUGGCUUAUUGCUAAAGACAAUUUUUAAUAGUAUUUUGUACGCUAAUGAAUUAUGUAGUCCUGUUUCUGCUCAUCAAGGAGGAGUUUCACAAUUGUUUCGAAGGUAAGAGUAGUUCUCGGGGAAAAUAAUGAUUCGCCCAGUAACAUAAAUCGCAAUUAAAUUUGGGUGUUAAGGUUUUCUAUUAUAUUUAUAUAUUCAAAACACAUUUUUUAUUAAUUACUUUUAUUAAUUUCUUAUCAUUUCUACAGAUCGUUCAUGCUCUAGAUACGGAUCUGAAUUGCAAAAAAAAUAA